AUGCCUCGCUCCAAACGAACACAAUGGAGCCUGUCGUCAUCGAGCCGCGCGGCUGUGCGUUCCAGCGCUCGCCGGAUUCCGGCCUGGGUUGCACCACGGGCGCAGGGCCCUACUGGGCCUGGAAAACUGCGCUUCCCAGCAUGCUCUGCCUCGGGCGCGCCUGCGUACAAGAGCUACUUCUUCCAUGGAAACUGGGCUACUUGCUGUGGGACCGAGUCACCGGCAGACAAAAUAGACUGUGGGGUGAAUAUGGAAACUACAAUGUGCAGACCAGUCCUUUCUCCAACCCAGAUCACUGCUACAGCUUGUGAAGCAUUCACGGUACUUCAGCAAAGGAUGAGAAUCAUUGAGGAACAGACCAGCUCUCUGAGCGAUGACUUAAUAAUGUUGGACUGUGGUGAAAAAAGAGGUCAUUUGGAAAUUCCAAACAAUUUAGAAGACCCUGCCUGCCAGAAAGUCAUUAGUCCUAUCCAGAGUGAAGUAAUUUGUCCAGGAACAAAAGAUAUUUUAUGGAAGAACUGUGAGUUUUUGGUAAAGCGAAUGUGCCAUCUGGAAAGCCUCAUCCAGUCCUUGCAGCUAAACAUCUUUCUUCUCCAAACUGAAAAAGAUUUGAAUCCACAAAAAACAGCUCUUCUGAGGGAUCGGCUGAAUGCAAUACAGGAGGAGCAUUCCAAGGACCUGAAGCUGUUGCAUUUUGAAGUGACGAAUUUGCGCCAAGAGCUGAGAGAUGUCAAAGGGGAAGAAGACAAGGCACAAGAUGAAGUGCAAAGAUUGACUGCCACUCUAGAAAUUGCCUCAGAGACAAAGAAGAAUGUAGCUAUUAUUGAAGAGGAACUGAAGAUCACUAAAUGUAAAAUGAACCAUAAAAUUCAGGAGCUAAGGAGACAGCUGGCUCAGGAGAAGUACUUGAAAGAAUCUCUUGAGAAAUCUGGAUCAGCCAUGCUAUUCAAAAUACAGGAGCUGGAGUCAACAGUGGAGGCAGAACAGAAACAGGUGCACAUUUUGCAGCAAAAUUGCAUUGUCCUACGCAGUUCUAUACAGACCACUCAAGAACUACUGGCACAAGAGCAACAAAAGAAAGGAGAUUUGGAGGCAGCUACCUCACAGCUCAAAUCUGAUCUAAUGUCUAGAGAUAACAUCAUUUCCAAGUUGGUCAAAGAAAAGAAGGAUGUGCACAUGUCUCUCAACAAGGAACAUGAGGAAAAUGCAUACUUGAGAGCUGAAAUAAUAUCUCUUCGUGAAGCAUCAGAAAAAGCACAGGUUUUGAAUGACCAACUAAGUAGAAAGUGUUCAGCGCUAAGUAGCAUGCUUCAGACUGUUAAAAUGGAAAACGCCAGGAUUAUUGCUGACCAUCAAGCCAUUCUGCAGGUAGAGCAGAAAAUGAUAACGCAGACAUUUCAAGAACAAAACUUAUUGCUGGAUGCAGCCCGUGCCAGCAUCACAAGUGAAGUACAGACCAUUCAGAAUGAGAAAGCCCAACUCCAGACACAUCUGGACUAUCUAAUCUUUGAGCAUAAUCAGUGUAUCCAGAAAGCACAGGAUGCAGAGAAGAAGACAGCUGCACAAAAAGAGCUUCUAGAAUCAAUUAUUGCAAGACUACGAGGUGAACUGGAAGCAUCAAUGCAAGAGACAGCGUCUCUGCUAGAGGAGAAGGAAAGAUUUCAGAGAGAGGUUAAUAAAACAGAAAAAGAAAUAGUACAAGAAAAAUUCAAUUUGGAAAAGGAGUUAGCUAAAAACAAGAUAGACAUAAAUGCAUUAAGCCAAAACCUGCAGACUCUAGUGAAUGAAAAUAAGUACCUGGCAGAUCAAAUGGCUUCCCUUGAACUUCAGCAAGUCACUUCUGAUUGCCAUCGGCUUGCCCAGCAGAAGGUGGAAAAGGUGUUGGGAAAAAUUACUGAGAGUAAAAAUAAACUGGCCUAUGAAAAGGGAAAACUCCAGGUAAAAGUUAAACAGCUAGAAGAACUACUACAUUCUUCUACUGAAACCAGUUUACAGAAUGACCAUCUACGCAAGUUGAAUAAGGCUUUAGAGGCCAGAUACACUCAGGCCAAUUCAGAACUCAGUACCAACAAGGAAUACCUGCAACACACAGAAGCUCACCUGAAAGAGGUGAAAUCUAUUCUUGAAAAAAAUGAAGAGGAGCUGUCCCAAGCAGUAAAGGACCGAGAUGCAGCCCUGAAAGAGAGUCAGAAGUUGAAAGGAGACCUGGAGGCUUUUGAGGACAGGGAAAACAAGAAGGUGGGGAACUUUCAGCGACAGUUGGCAGAGGCUAAAGAAGACAACUGCAAGGUCACAAUUAUGCUGGAAAAUGUGCUGGCUUCUCACAGUAAGAUGCAGGGAGCGCUGGAGAAAGUGCAAGUAGAGCUGGGGCGGAGGGAUUCCGAGAUCGCAGGCCUCAAGAAAGAAAGAGCCCUGAAUCAACAGAGGGUACAGAAGCUAGAAGCAGAGGUGGACCAGUGGCAGGCCAGAAUGCUUGUUGUGGAUGCCCAGCACAGCAGUGAGAUGGAGCCUCUGAAAAAAUCUCUAGAUAUAACUAGAGAAGACAACAGGAAACUGGCCAUGAGCCUGGAGCAAGCUCUCCAGACAAAUAAUCAUCUGCAAACUAAGCUAGACCACAUCCAAGAAAAACUGGAAAACAAAGAACUCGAGCGGCAGAAUUUGGAAACCUUUAAUGAACGGAUGACUGAGGAAUCCAAAGUUGAAGCAGAAUUGCAUGCUGAACGCAUAGAAGCUCUAAGAAAGCAGUUUCAGACUGAGAGAGAAACUGCAAGGAAAGCAACACAACGGGAAGUUACUGAGCUGAAGAAAGCACUUGAUGAAGCCAACUUCAGAUCAGUGGAAGUAUCCCGGACAAACCGAGAGCUGCGGCAGAAACUCACAGAGCUGGAAAAGACAAUGAACAGUAACAAGGAGAAACUAAAGAAUCAAAAGGCUCAAAUAAAGCUCCAUUUGUCGGCAAAGACAAAUAAUGCUCAGAAUAUGGAGAGGAUGAAGCAAAUAGAAACAGAAUUGAGACAAAUGGAGAUGAUUAAGGAUCAAUACCAGAAGAAAAACUAUGAACAGUCAUUGAGUAUCCAGAGAUUUGUGUCUGAAAUGACUAACCUACAGAAAGAGAUGCAGUUGUUAGCCAAGAGCCAAUAUGAAACUUCAGCACGGAACAAACAGCAAGAGCUGCGACUAGCAGCAGAACAGAAAUUGAGGCUGGAGCUGGAAAAUCGGUGCCAGGAAUUGGAAGAAACUGUCAGACACUUGAAGAAAUGUAAAGAGGCAACAGAGAAUAAACUGAAAGAAGCUAGCAUGGAAUCAGAACAGAUAACAGCUAACCUGGAAGAAGCUCACCGCUGGUUUAAGUGCAGGUUUGAUGGCUUACAACUUGAGCUGACAAAAAACCGGUUGCAGAGGCUUCCCCGGGAAGACCCGUGGCUGGAAGAGGAUCAAGAUAUAAGGCAUGAUAUUAUGCCCAGCCAGUGUGCUCUGCAUCGAUGGGAGACUAAACAGAAUCUUGGCCUGAUGUCCAAAAAGUACCAUUCUGAGAUAGAGAAGAAGAAAUGUCCUUGA